AUGGUGGAUUCGCCUUUCUCGCGGAUUGCAUUCAAAAAGUCUGCUCGCUGGAGACUCCGCGCACCACGUCCUAGUAGGACUCCUACCGAAGAGGCCAUGAGGAGCAGACGUCGCUCUGAGACUCGUGGACGACGACGGCGCGUCAGGGACUACGUCAUCAUCUUGAAGAUUACGUAA